ACUGCAGUUCUUUCGCCUCACAACUCACGAGUCCGCCCACUCGCAAAAUUCGCACUCUUUGGAAAUUAAACAUUUCAGCAGCGUUGAGUUUGAGGAAAAAUUCUUUUGGUGAGCAUUUUGCAGAAUUCAAGGAUCAUAAUUUGCUCGAACAUCGAUCGGCCUGAUGUUAUUUUGCAUUUCUGCAGGCGAAAUCAUUUACGCACAAUCAAAACAAUAGCAAAUUUCCUAUAAAAAUUACCGUACAAAGUCGAUCUCUACUAACGCUGGAAAGAAGAUUUCAAGGAUAAAUAUUAUUCUCUGGCAAGCCGUGGAUUUUAAUCUUAAUCUUGAACGAGCAAGAGAGUUCAGAGAGCAAAGAUGCAGCCUGUCUUGGUCACGAUGGUCGUCCUGUUGGGCGUUUUUUCUACUGUCUCUGCACACAUCCGCUGCGAGGCGAAUUCCAACACGAAACAAAAACUGAUCAACUUGGUGAACACGGACGUGCUGGCUUGUCCUCCACUUGGUGACGACGACAACAGCUUUUGCUGCUUCAACCUCGGCUCCUUCAGCUACCAAUGCUGCACCCAAAGCCAGUUCGAUGACAACAUGAGAGACAUUGUGGUGACGAUCGUGGCAUUCGUCAUCGUCGGACUGCUCUUGAGCUGCGGCCUCUGCUGCUUGUGCUGGUGUGUGCGAAAAAUCCUCUGCUAAGAACACCAACUUCGAGUAGAAGAAUUUUCUAAGCUUUUUAUAAUGUAUAAUCAAUGCAACUCUGAAGCCUACGAAUGUUUUCUAUCUUAUCGUAAAGUUCAAGAUUUUUAUACUAGGAAAUCUCAAUUGAAGGAUCUGCACUAUGCUUAGGCACUUUUUGUGCCUUUUAUUGUUCAAGCUGAAGCCAUGACUAUUGAAGCUUGAAAAUAUUUAAAUUCUCUCAAUUUUAAUUCGUUCUUAAAAUUUUUCAGCAACGGAAAUAAUAAUAUCCAACUUGUUAUACUUAAAACUCCUGCGAGUCUUUGUAUUGUAGACACUGUGGAAAAUCCUCCUUUUUCCUUGAUUAUAAUUUUCUAUGUAUUUCCAGCUCACUCUAAUUGGUGAUAAUUUGUGAUUCUGUUCCCUCCUCUAUUGCUUUACGCCUUUCUUUAAAAUGUAAAUGUGAUUUUCUGCUGCUUUCCAUUAGGCAUCUAAUUUAUGAUUUGAUACUUUUCCACUAAAAUCUACCAAUUUCCAGCCCACUUCCUAUUCUUAAAUACGGGGCUCAUUUAUUGUUCUAGCAAUUCAUAAUCCUAUUACUAUUUAAUUAUGUUAUUUCUACUCACUAAGCACAAACUAUACUGGGACUGAUUUAAUCCUCAAUUACCAUUGUCAAAUGCUCUAAUGUUGAAUUGUUCAAAAUUGUUUGCAAACAAAUAUUUUGUACAGAAUCUUAAUAAAUCAGAUUUGUUUGCUCUUUUCGCAUGCAGCUUUUUGGUGUUUAAGUUACAAAAAUUAUGGCAUUUUUUUUUCGUUGUGGAAAACAAAGAAUGUAACAGCAGCGCAAAACGACUUUUAGAUAAAUAAACCAAGUUCUCAAACUUCUGAAUAA